AUGAGGGUUUACAAGGAAUCAUUAACGACCAAAUAUUUGUAUGUUUUUGUUCUUUUAACUGUGGUUUUUGGAUUUGCAACGGUUUAUUCGGAAACGACACUGAAUGAUUCUAACCAACAAAAAUUAUCAAAGAUCAUUAUUGUUGAUAAAUCAGGGAAGUCUGAUUUCUCAACUAUUCAAUCCGCUAUUGAUUCGAUACCAGAAAACAAUAAUCAGUGGAUACAUACAUUAUGGGAUGUAAGCGGCCUCCAUUACUUCAAAUCUUGCUUCAUUGAAGGAGCUGUUGAUUUCAUAUUUGGGGGUGGUCAAUCUAUAUAUGAGGAUUGUGACAUAUCAGUGAUCUCUGAGGGGCUAAGCGUUAUGAAGAAAGAUGAUGCUGAAGAAUUUGUGGUGGUAGGUUUCAUAACUGCACAGGGAAGAGACAUCCCAGAAGAUCCAAGUGCAUUUGUGUUUAAAGAGUGCAGAGUGUUCGGUACCGACAAAGUUUAUCUUGGAAGAGCAUGGAUAAGUCAUUCUAUUGUGUUGUUUUACAAAUCUAAGUUAUCUGACGUUGUUAUUCCUAAAGGUUGGGAUUCUUGGAACUAUGUUGGUCAAGAGGGUAAAAUAACGUACGCUGAGCAUGAAUGCUUUGGACAAGGAUCAGACAAGUCGCAACGGUUUGAUUGGAUAAAAACACUAAGCCAGGCGAUGGUAUACAAGCUGACGAGUAUAACUUUCAUUGACAAAGAAGAUUGGAUUAAAGAACAACCUUGA